GAAUGAGACAGAGCGUUUGUUUACUGUUUGCUUGUCUUUAGGAUGCGAUCCCAGCUAAACGGCACAACUGCAAAACCCUAAUCUCGAUUUCUCCGGUGUUUUUUUUUGGUAUUUUUGGCUGUGAUUUAGAGUUUGGGAUUACUUGGAAUUCGAGUUGAAGAGUUAAAAGAGAUGAACAGAGGAAGAAGAAAUCUGAAACAAGCGGCUUCAGAACAGGAAUUCACGCUUGAGGAAUGUCAGAGCAUAGCUCAGGUCGUCUCUCUCAGAGGUUCCAAUCAAAUUGAGAUUAUGGAUGCAAAAGGAGAGAACUCAUUAGCAUUGUUUCCAGCCAAAUUUCGUGAGAGCAUGUGGAUCAGACGAGGAAGCUUUGUAGUGAUUGACCAUACAGGAAAGGAAAAGGCGCAAGAGUCUGGUAGCAAAAUUACAUCUAUUGUCUGUAAAGUUCUAUUCUUUGAGCAAGUCCGUCUCCUCCAAAAGUCUCCGGAAUGGCCUGAAGUCUUCAAAAAUACUAAGCCCAUUCCGGCUGAUGAAAGCUCUCAAAUACCCAUCGCACAGCAAGAAGAUGAUGUUGAGAUUGAUUCGAGUGAUGAUGAUGAUGAUGAUGAUGGCAUGCCCCCAUUGGAAGCAAACACAAACAGAUUGAGACCGUUUGGGGUGCAAUGUGAUGCAGAAACAGAUUCAGACUCGGAUUCUGAUUCAUAGUCACUUCCGGUACAUUCUACUGUUAUGUAGAAUUCGAUUACACUGUUAAAUUCUACAUAUUCGGCAUUUGAUUUGAAUUCGAUUUGAAUUCCAAUAGUGUAAUUCGAUUACACUGUUAAAUUCGAUUACACUGGUAGAAUUCGAUUACACUUAAUGCAAUA